AUGGGCGAAGAAGAGACGAACAUGGCCCAGCUGGGGUCAGUGGCCCUCAACGGCUCGUCCCCCAAGAAAGUUGCCUACUUUUACGACUCUGAUAUCGGCAACUAUGCAUAUGUCACUGGUCAUCCUAUGAAGCCUCACCGCAUUCGUUUGGCCCAUAGCCUGAUCAUGCAAUACAAUUUGUACCAGAAAAUGGAGAUUUACCGCGCCAAACCCGCGACUCGAGGCGAAAUGACGCAAUUUCACACAGAUGACUAUAUUGACUUCCUACAAAAAGUUACACCGGAUAAUAUGGACAGCUAUAUGCGCGAGCAAGGCAAAUACAACGUCGGCGACGACUGCCCUGUAUUUGAUGGCCUUUUUGAGUUUUGCGGUAUCAGUGCCGGCGGCAGCAUGGAAGGAGCUGCUAGGUUAAACCGACAGAAGUGCGACAUCGCCGUCAACUGGGCCGGGGGUCUGCAUCACGCCAAAAAAUGUGAGGCCAGUGGCUUCUGCUACGUUAAUGAUAUUGUACUGGGCAUUCUCGAACUCCUACGAUUCAUGAAGCGCGUGCUUUACAUCGAUAUCGACGUCCACCACGGCGAUGGUGUCGAGGAGGCUUUCUACACAACCGACCGUGUCAUGACUGUCUCUUUUCACAAGUAUGGAGAGUACUUCCCCGGAACCGGCGAACUUCGUGACAUUGGUAUCGGUCAAGGAAAACACUACUCUGUCAACUACCCGCUUCGCGACGGCAUCACGGACGAAUCCUACAAGUCCAUCUUCGAGCCGGUUAUCGAGAACGUCAUGAAGUACUACCAACCGGAGGCUGUGGUUCUACAGUGCGGUGGAGACAGUCUCUCCGGCGAUCGACUCGGCUGCUUCAACCUCAGCAUGGAUGGCCACGCCAACUGCGUCAGCUACGUCAAGAGCUUUGGCCUGCCUACUCUCGUCCUCGGCGGCGGCGGUUACACCAUGCGUAACGUUGCUAGAACUUGGGCCUAUGAAACGGGCGUUCUUGUUGGGCAAGAUAUGAGCCGUACUCUGCCUUAUAACGAAUACUAUGAAUACUAUGCCCCUGACUUCGAGCUGAACGUCCGAUCAUCCAACAUGGAGAACUCCAACAGCCGCGAAUACUUGGAAAAAAUCACUGCUGCCGUAAUCGACAAUCUCCGGAAUACGGGCCCGGUGCCCUCGGUACAAAUGCAGGAUGUUCCACGAAAGCCGUUCGGUGGCAUGACUGACGAAGAGGAAGCCGAGUUGGACGACCUUGAUGAAGACGAGAACAAGGACGUACGCAUGACCGAGCACCGCUGGGACAAGCAGGUUGAGAAUGGCGCUGAGUUUGAGCCCAGCGAUGAUGACGAGAUAGCGCGAGCCAACGGCGCGACUCGCCAAUCCAGCAACAAGCGCACCUUCACCGACUUUGGAAAGGACACUGAGGAAGAGGAUGCUGCAAACUCUGUCGAAGCUGCCGAUGGCAAGGCGGCGGAGGCAAACCCUGAGGAUAGCCAUGAUGUAAACGAUGAUACCAUUGAAGAUAUCGGCGCUACGGAGCAGGAGAAGGAGCCAGCCGCAGAAACCAGCGUGGAGAAAGCGGACAACGAUAAGACUGAUGGCGACGGCGAUGUCGGCAUGACUGACUCUGCUCCUGCUGAAGAAGAAGCAAAGAUUAAAGAAGAGGAGCUGGAGACGGAGAACGCAUCUGCCCCUGAAGCAGCUGGUACUGCUACAGCAGAGCCAGAAAAGCCAGCUGAAGAGCCGAACGCAAAACAGGACGAAACUAACGCUUCCAAGGAUACGGAGAAGCCAGCAGGCGACGAAGAGAGCAAAGCCGAGAAAGCUGAGACGGCGGAUAAGGAGGAGCAGCCAGCAGAUGCCAUGGAUGUUGACGGGGACAAGGAAAGGGAAGGCGAGGCGAAAGUAACCGAGGCCGCCUCUUAG